AUGCCUCCAAAUGAAGCUGGACGUAGGAGAGCGUUGUGGAAAUUUCAAAUACUCAACACAUCAAAUGAUGUUAAUUUUACCCGUAUCGUUGCAUUAGCAAAAGAACAUUUUAAAGUAUCAAUAUCGCUAAUCUCACUUGUAAACACCACUCAUCAAUGGUUUAAAGCAGAGGAUGGAUUAGGAUGUAAUGGAACGACCAGAGAAAUAAGUUUUUGUGGACAUGCUAUAUUACAAGAGAAUGGGGAACCAUUCGUUGUACCUGAUACUAAAUUGGAUUGGAGAUUUCACAAAAACCCUUUGGUCACAGGUUCUCCGUUCAUAAGAUUUUAUGCUGGUGCUCCAUUACAAACUGAAGACGGUCAUAAUAUCGGUACGAUAUGUUUAAUCGAUGAUAAACCAAGGCAUGAUUUCACUAAUAAGGAUUGUGAAAUCUUGAAAGACUUUGCAAAAGUUGUCAUGAGGGAGUUAGAAUUAUGGGUUGAUACUUUACGUUUACGUGUAAGGAAUGAAAUGCAACAAAGUAUUGCCGAUUUCAGUAAAUUUUGCUUGGAAACUCAAUUAUCCAAUAAUGAAGAAAAUAAAUUAAGUUCCAACACCAAUAUUGUCGGUGACCCUAUCAUGAAGCGAUGUUUUAGCAUGGCUGUUAAAUUAAUGAGGGAUACUUUAAAUAUAGAUUUCGUUUGUUUAUUAGAGAUGCCUUCUAGUCCAAUAAUAUCAACUGCUUGUUCAUCAAAUGGAUUCUUUUUAAAUGGUCCUCCUCCUGAUAUGCCAACAAGAUAUUUAAAGUUCCUUGCUUCCGCUGGUCCAAUCGAAUUGUCUUCUGAGGCGUUGACAGCGUCGGUGAAUACUUCUUUCCUUUCUUACAUGAUGCAAAAUUAUUCGCAAGGUUAUAUUUAUCAAAACGCCUUACCUCCUUUACCGACCUUAUUUCCGGAUGAUGUUCAUUCUGGUAUUGUGGUACCUAUUUAUGAUGAUUCACAAAAUGCUUUUGGUUUCUUAAUUGCAAUGACAAAAGAUCCUCUGAGACAAUUUGAAGAUGAAGAACGAGUUUAUUUAAGUAAUUUUGGUGUGAACGUCGUUAGUGAAGUGUUAAAGAGAAGGGUGAUCGUCGCCGAUAGAGCAAAAGGUACAUUCAUCUCUUCUAUUUCUCAUGAAUUAAGAACCCCUCUUCAUGGUAUUCUAGCAAGUUGUGAGUUAUUGGAAGAAAGUAAAUUAAAUUAUGCCCAAUCGGAAUUGAUUAAAACCAUACACGGUUGUGGGACUUCUUUAAUUAGUAUUAUUAAUAGCGUAUUGGACUUUGCUAAAUUAGAAAGUGAAAAACAAGACUUCGCUGAUGACGAUCCUUUACAAGAAAAAGUUUCUGAAGAAGGGAGUGAAAUAUUGGGUGAGGACGAAAGUCAACGUGAUAUUAAUAUCAUUGAUCGUAAUAUUAAUAACAAAAGGAAGAAGGACCGCGUUAAUUUAGUCAAGUUGUUGGAAGAAGUUGCUGAAGCUUGCGUAGUAGGCCAACAAAUGGUUGCUGCCGUUUACAGUAGUAAUAAUUAUUCCCUUAAUAAGGGUGAUAACGAUGAAUUAUUUCGUACAGAGAAGGAGAAGAAACAUAAUUCCGCUGCUAUAACACAGGCAAGAAGGAAACAUGUUUCUAGAUUACUACACCCUCAUCAAUUUCAGCAUCAAAAUAAAAGUGAUUCCUUGGAACAAAUUGAAGACGUCAUGGUUUUGCUUGAGAUUGAGCCUAGGGAUGUUGGUUGGUACGUUAGUGCUGAUGAUGGAGCCAUAAAACAAAUGUUAAUGAAUAUUGUUGGAAAUUCACUGAAAUUUACGCAACAGGGUUAUGUGCUAAUAUCAUUAGCCACAGUACCAUGUUCAUCAUUAUGUGAACAAUAUAAGAAUCAUAAAAGGGAUUUCCAAUCAAAAUUUCAUGCAUUAUUAACGAUCACGGAUACGGGACGUGGUAUUUCUCCAUCAUUUUUAACGACAAAUAUAUUUCAACCAUUUUCUCAGGAAAAUUCACUACAAGUAGGAACCGGAUUAGGACUAUCUAUUGUUAAAUUAUUAGUAGAGAAGAUGGGUGGUAGAUUAGAUAUCGAGAGCGAAGUAGGAGUUGGUACAAGGGUUAGGAUUUGGUUGGAUUUUGAACAAUUUCCAUCAAAAAUUGAAAAGGGUUCAAGUAUAUCUUAUAAAGAAGAGCAGCGACGAACUAUUCUUGAGGCAAUAAAGGAAAAAACAAUCGUAAUUAAAUGCGCCAAGGGUAAACUUAAAGAAGUGGUAGAAAAAUAUUUUACUGAUUGGUUUCAAGUGAAAAAUGUUAUUGUUGAAGAAAAUGGUGGUGAUAUUGAUGGUGAUAUUAUAUUUAUUAAUAAUGAUCUUGCUCAACUAAAAAGAAUAUUGUCUGAAGUUGGUCCCAAGUUAUCUCCUGUGGUGUUUGUCACUUCCUUGGCUAAGCACGGUAAAGUUGCUGAUUUUGUUGAGAAAUUACAGGAUGAAGAAGGAGGAAAUAUAAUAAAUCUUAAAGGCGGAAGGAGGAAACGAAAGGUUGUGAUACUUUCACGACCUUGUGGUCCUCAUAAAAUAGAAAACACCAUGGUUUCUAUUUUCUCAAAUUUACAACGUGAUGAUAACGGUGCCGAAGAAUUGAGUUCAGUACAACAUUUGGAUGAUGAUUCACAGCGACAGGUCAUGAAAACAGCUUCAAAUAAUAAUAAUUUAAAAUAUCAUACUAAUUAUUCUUCUUCGGAAGAAACAUUAAUUUCGAGACAACGAUCUCCCUCGAUUACUCCUCCCACAACUCCAAAAGUUAUCAUCAAAUUUGAUGAUCGUUCAACUGAGCUGACAUCACAGCUUUCAAAUGUACUACCUUCACGACCUUCUUUCAAUCGCUCUAAUACAUUACCAAACAUUCACUUACAAUCACCUUCAAAUUGUGAGCCCAAAUUCUUAACAAUUCCCAAAUCGACUACAUCACCACCUAUUUCUUUUUCAAAUGAAGACACGACUUUAAUAUCAUCCUCAUUACCAAGCACAUUUUCUAGUGAGAAAGAUACUACUUUAGAUCAAUUGAAAAAAUCUCGGUCCAAUAAUUCCCUCAACACGUCAUUUUUAUCUAAGCUAUCUACUUCCGGACCAAGAGUUUUGGUGGUCGAGGAUAAUGCUGUUAAUAGAAUGAUUUUAGCUACGUUUUUGAACAAACGCGAUAUUAAAUUUGAAGAGGCUGAAAACGGUGCGAUUGGUGUUGAAAAAUUCAGAAGAGCGUUGGAUGAAGAUAAUCCUAAACAAAAAGGAUUUGACAUUGUUCUUAUGGAUAUACAAAUGCCCGUCAUGAAUGGUAACGUAGCAACAGCCGAAAUACGUAAAAUUGAAUAUGAAAUUAGUCAAAAACAACUUCCAAAAUUAUCACCUAUGUCAGAACAUCCCAAGACACCAUUGCCAGAACAAGAAGAUUACUUUUCAACCCCUUCGAUGACUCCCCCUCUUUUCUCUCAAUUUCCUGCUACCAACGAUUCUACUAUUUCAGGUUUUUCUUCAUUCAUUAACAAUAAUAGAUACCCUUCAAAACCAUUUCAAAGCACAGACAAUAAUUUAAGUGCAAACGCACAAAAACAAAAGAAUAAAUAUAGAAGAAUUUCACAUCCCGAUCGACUAUCUCAUCAUUAUAAUUAUAAUUCAUUUAAUGAAAAAUCUAAUCCUUCUAAAUUAUCACCGCCAUUAUUAGAAUCUAAAAUGACUGAAGCAGAGUUAUCUCCAUUACCUUCCCCCUUACAACGCUCAACAUUUCAUUCUUCUCGUUCUUUAAUAUUUGCUUUAACCGGUUUAGCUAGUGAAGAAGAUAAAAACAUUGCUUUUGAGAGCGGUGUCGAUGGCUUCUUGACUAAACCAGUUAGUUUAAAAAUGUUGGAAAAAAUAUUUAAAAAAUGGUCUGAAAGAAAAGAUCAAAGUAAUACAGGAAGAGGUGUGCUUUAG